AUGCUUCCCCGAAUGCUGAAAAUGCGAACGGUGGGCACCGUACUCGCCGUCGUCUGGCUUCUCGCAUUAGGUUUUAUUUAUGUACAAUCGACGAGUUCAGCGGAUUUGAAGGGCAACGCCCACGCACCACCACCACUCAACCCGGUACCCUUUGACGCGAUUCCCGACGAGAAUCGACCGAAAAAACAGGCUCCGCCCAUUCCGACCAUCGACUUGGCAGAGGACACAACAAUCCAUGAGAGGACGGAAGUUGGUGUGACAUGGAAGACGUUUGAAGUGGAGAAGUUCUUGAAUAAGGGAAAAUGGCAUCAGGGAGAGGACAAAUACAAAGCCAACUCAUUCAACCAAGAAGCGUCCGACUCUCUAAACCCGACUCGAAAGAUUCCAGAUUCCCGUGAACCACCGUGUCGUGACGUCGACUAUUCGACAAUCGACAUGAAACCGACUACAGUAAUCAUCACGUACCAUAACGAGGCGCGGUCCUCCCUCCUUCGUACGGUAUUCAGUGUGUUUAAUAUGUCGCCCGAGUCGCUGCUCACCGAAAUUGUGCUCGUCGACGACAACUCGAUCGACGUGGAUAUCGGCAAAGAGUUGGCUCAGAUUGAACGUGUCAAAGUGCUCCGGAACAAUCAGCGGGAGGGUCUGAUACGGUCACGUGUCAAGGGGGCGCAGGUCGCCGCGGCGCCCAUUCUCACAUUCUUGGAUAGUCACAUUGAGUGUAAUCAGAAAUGGUUGGAACCUCUGUUGGCGAGAAUUGCGGAGAACCCGAAAGCGGUGGUCGCACCGAUUAUUGACGUCAUCAAUGUCGAUAACUUUAAUUAUGUCGGAGCGAGUGCUGAUUUGAGGGGAGGAUUCGACUGGACACUCGUCUUCCGUUGGGAAUUCAUGAACGAGCAACUUCGCUCGGAACGACACGCCCACCCGACGGCGCCCAUCAAGUCGCCAACGAUGGCGGGCGGUCUAUUCGCAAUUUCCAAAGAAUGGUUCGAGGAGCUCGGCACGUACGACCUCGAUAUGGAAGUUUGGGGUGGCGAGAAUCUGGAAAUGUCAUUCAGAGUUUGGCAAUGCGGUGGCUCACUGGAAAUUCUGCCGUGCUCUCGUGUCGGACACGUCUUCCGAAAAAAGCAUCCGUACACGUUCCCCGGUGGUUCGGGUAAUGUGUUCCAGAAAAACACGCGCCGUGCCGCAGAAGUAUGGAUGGAUGAGUACAAAGCGAUAUAUCUGAAAAAUGUGCCGUCCGCUAGAUUUGUGAAUUAUGGAGAUAUUUCCGACCGAUUAGCGAUUCGAGAUCGCCUACAGUGCAAAUCGUUCAAAUGGUACCUGGAUACAGUAUAUCCACAGUUGGUAGUACCGAAAAAGACGCCGGGCAAAUCGCUCCAAAUGAAAAUGGGCCAUCUGUGUCUGGACUCAAUGGCCCGAAAAGAAGACGACGCGCCCGGAUUAUUCGCGUGUCAUGGAACGGGCGGAAAUCAGGAAUGGGUGUUCGAUCAGCUGACGAAAACAUUCAAAAACGCGAUUACCCAAUUAUGUUUGGAUUUCGCGGCGGAGAAGAAGGCGGUGCUGAUGGUCAAGUGCGAAAAACUCCGCCCCGAAACGAUGGUCAUGGAAAAGAACGGAUGGUUGACACAAGGUGGAAUGUGUCUGACAGUGAAUCAGGGCACUUCUGGCGAAUGGCUCAUGUUUGGCUCACAUUGCGACUUGAAAAACGGUGCUCAACGAUGGAUUUUCGAGAAAUUGGACACUUUUGAAUAG